AUGAACAAACUUCCGAAAUGCAAGGAGCCCGAUGUAGAGUGUUAUAUCUAUGCAGGUAGGAAAUUUGUCUCUAGAGAUUCUCGUGGAAGGAUUGUCAGUCGAUGUAACUAUCGGAUGAUGUCUCUAUGUAAGCAGGAGAAGCUGGGUGGUGAAGGAGGCUCGGCCCGGCAAGAUAAACGUCAAUUGAGAAGCAGGAGUAGGAGUAAUGGUGGUGGUUGUGGUGCGUGGCCGCGAGGUGUAAAUCAGGCGUGUGGGAAGCUACAUCAGGAUGUGUCGUCGCGAAAGGGGCCGGGUGAUAUUCAGCCCGUCAACGGGUACGAGAGUUGCUCCCACGCCGCAAAGAACUCAGCGACGGACGGCGACGGUGACAUGCCAUGCCAUGGCUGUCGCGAGCGAGUGACGGCGGCAGCAGCAAACCCUGAUCUGUACAUUGGAUGGAUAUGUUUGUGGUCGACGUUGGUUCCGAAACCUACCAACCUUUCAAGCUUCAACCAGACACGGGAAGCGUACCAAGGAACCCUCCCAGGCCCCAAAAACAAGGCUAAAACCCUUCGAGAGUCAAAAAAGGGGGCGAGGCUCCUCCAAGCUAAAAACCUUCUUUUGGUCCCCUUCGUCCUCGAAGCUUCCGCGAACGCGUUCCUACGACUCGCCGGCGCCAUCCCCAAUGGGACCACAUCCUCUGGAGCUUGCGAGGUAGAUAACGGUCUCUCUCCCCUCGGUCUUCUGCACCAAUCCGUCAUGAUGAUCAUCAUCAUCCCCUGA